GAUCGACAGAGGUUACUUGUGUGAGUAGAAGUGUACAUGGGUAACGUCAUCCCCGGGCCGAGCACCAUCUCCAAUGCCUUGCCUAUCGAUCAGUACUAGGUAGCUCCACAUGAGCUGUGCUGGAACAUCUGAACCUCACAACAAUCCCUCACCUUGAACCUCACAACAACAACAACACUGACUGGAAUUCUCAAACAACAUCCUCACUAGGCAACCCUUCCUUCCUCUCAGCAAACAUGGCCCUCUCAUUCCUCCGAGCUCCUCACCCACCCAAGCUGCACCAAGCAGACAAAGACCUAACAAUCUACGAAAACAACACCUCCUCCGUCCAAUACCACAGCAAAGGCUCCAAGUACAUGAUGACCCACACAAUCCCCCCAACAGACCCAAAAGAAGGCCCCUCAAUCAUCCAACCACCAUUCCACUACCACAUCUACCAAGUAAAUCACAAUAUCCCUCUCCUCCUCACAUACAAACCCCUAACCCCAUAUGUUUCCCAGACCGAACACUUCCAAGUCAUCUCAGGAACAGCCCACCUCUUCUUCGGCCUCGACACCAAACCCACCCUGAUCUUAUCCUCCAACCCAGGAUCCAAAACUUCCGCAACCCUCGGUCCCAAACGCUACCAUCGCUUCGAAAACGCUUCGAAAACAGACCCCCUGGCAAUCAACAUCCAACUCGAUCCCGAAGAUUAUGAAAAUGAACAGCGCUUCUUUCGAAAUUUUUUCGGGUAAAUUUACCUCACCGACCUGAUGUUCUUGCACCACCUCGCUAACGCUGAUUAUGAUAGAUACCUCAACGACUGCAAACGCGCCAAAGUCCCCCCUUCGAUUUUCCAACUCUUUGUAUUCCUACACUCUGCAGAUACGCCUCUUGCGAUUCCUUUGCCGGGGUGGAUUCCUGGAGCAGAGGUUUUGGGGGUGUAUUUGAGUUGGGUGUUGCUGAUCGCGGUGGCGUAUUUUGGGAGGUUUGGUUUGGGGUAUAAGCAGAGUUAUCCAGAGUAUUAUAGUGGUG